AUGUCUUCCUGGACCCCGCCCAAGCCCGGUCUGACAGCAGCUAAUUGCAUCGAAGCCCGUGCCCUGCGCCAGUUUCUCCGGGCAAGUCGCAAAACUGUGGACGACCGAGUUCUGGUGACCAUUUCAAAACUGGGCAAUGACACCGCCGCAGAGCAAAUCAAACAUAACUCUGGAUACACUGGCUACAAACCCGCGUGUAACGAGUUUGUACAGGAGGUGCUGCUACCCGCAUGGAACGAGCGAGACCGAGUUCUCACUUACUGUGGCGAUGUGGCCCGUCUAGCCAAGGACAAGAAGGGAGGAGAUAUGACUGAAGCUGCUCAGACUCAGGACGAAAACGAAAAGCCUGCUAAACGACAGCCGCUUGAUCCCUACGCCGCCGAGGCUCGAACCAACCAGAAAUCGGACGCUGAUCGAGUGCUUGAUUGGGUUGAAACCGAACGAACCAUCGAGGGCAUUGUCAGAGACACCACUCGAGCUGAGGUCUACGACAAGUGCGGAAUCUCUCUGCAGUAG